AUGGCUGUUCUGAAAAUUAUCAAAGAAAUUUCUACACGAAAGCGAUGGUAUGAACAGAAACAUGUUCCAUCUCAUAUUCCAACAAAACUUUUGAUGUUGAUGAAGGAAAGGAAAAUGUCAGUUGAAGGGUGGCGAAAAAAAAUAUCGGUGGAAAAUGAGCAGGAUUUCAUUCAGAUUAUCUUCGGAGUGUUCAAACAUCAUCGUUAA